AUGCCAGUUUCCACGACGAUUUCGCGCCUGGAGGAUGGAAAAGUCGACAUCAAGACACAGAGACCUCUCCUCCGCGCCGCCAAGGUAGACGACGUGCUAGGCGUCUAUGAAGCAUUUUCUGAUCCAGAAGUGAUGCAAUACUGUACCGUCCCCCACUCGCAUCCCUCCACAACCCAAUCCUGGCUCCGAAAGAACAUGUUCCUUGCCCCGACCAACGGCACCACUGACUUUAUUGUCGCCCUCCACACAGAUCCCGACCACGCGAUCGGUCUAAUCGGCAUUGAUUCGUUAGAAUCCCAGGAAAUCGGCUUCAUACUCUCACGCCAGUACUGGGGAACGGGUAUCGCCCAGGAAGCACUCGACUGUAUCCUUGGAUAUCUAUUUAGACAUAGACAAAUGGAGAUGGUGGCCGCGGAGGUAAAUCCGGGGAAUGGGCGAUACGUGAAGUUCCUGGAGAGACGAGGUUUUGUUAUAGUCGGGUUUAAGGAGAAAGUAUGGGAGUGUGGUGGGUGUUGGUGGGAUGCUUUCCAGUUGAGGUUGAUGAAGGAGUCAUGGGAGGAGAGACAACAUGGACCGGAAGGGCAUUAA